AUGCUGGCCCCCCGCGCCGCCGACGACGACGACCUGGACGACGCAGGUCCGCGGCAAGAAGACCAAGACGGUCUCGAGGAGAGCCUGCCAGCCUAUCCGACCGUGGUCCUGCAGGCCCAGCGCAACAUGCAAAAGUUUGCCAACUGCGUCCUGCUGACACGUGUUGGGGGCUUCUACGAGCUGUACUUUGAGCAUGCCCAGGAGUACGGGCCCCUCCUCAACCUCAAGGUCGCUGUGAAGCGGACCAACGCGGGUACCGUGCCAAUGGCAGGAUUCCCGUUCUUCCAGCUGGACCGCUUCCUCAAGAUCCUAGUUCAGGACCUCAACCGCUACGUCGCCAUAGCAGAGGAGUUCCCAAACAAUGCCUCGGAAAAGGUCAAGUCUGGCGGGCUCAUGCACGACCGCAAGGUCGCUCGCAUCAUCACUCCUGGCACGCUGAUUGAUGAGAACUUCAUGGACCCAUAUGCAAGUAAUUAUGUGCUCGCUGUGCACCUGCCGCCAACAGACGAAGUGGAAGCAGAGGUAGAUCCCGACUUGCCUCUGGGAUUGGCGUGGCUCGACCUCUCCACGGGCCACUUCUUUACCCAGGCUAUAUGUAUGUCUUCGCUUGGCUCUGCCUUGUCGCGGAUAUCCCCUCGUGAAGUGAUUCUUGACGAAGACUUGGAGUCGCAAAAGAGCCAUGACAUCUUUUCUGUCCUGGCCGAAGAUAGGUACCUCCUUACCUACGCACCACAGAGCAAGCUAGAAGGUUUGGGUGAUUGGACGCCCAUGCUAGAGUCCGAGAUUCCCGCUCAAGCAGUAGCAUCUUUCACCCAUGAUGAGAUCAAGGCCGGGAGUCUCCUCUUACACUACGUCAGAGACAGACUGCAAGGGGCGAACAUGAAGCUCCAGCCGCCGCAGCGAUACGACGGUAUCGAGGUCAUGACCAUUGACAAGAACAGCAUGAGGGCCCUCGAGAUCAAGCAGACGAUCAGGGACAGUACCUUCCGCGGAAGCCUCUUGCAUGCCAUCCGGCGGACAGUCACGAAGAGCGGAGCCAGACUCUUGAACGAAUGGCUAAGCGCGCCCUCCACCUCCCUCGAGGUCAUCAACUUCCGCCACGACCUCGUCGCCCGCUUCAUCGCUGACGAGAACCUACGCGAGAACACCAUCCUCCUCCUGCGCACGAGCUACGACUCGCAGCGCCUCGUGCAAAAGUUCGCGCUCGGCCGCGGCGACCCGGACGACCUGCUCGAUCUGGCCAAGACGAUCAAGGCGACCGACGACAUCGUCUCCCUGCUUCGCAGCGCCGUGGGCCACUCCGACCCGUCUUCCUCCCCGCCGCAGGCCGAUAAACAAGACUGCCUCGCCACGAUGAUAGAUCGCAUCAGCCUCGACAAACCUCUCGAACUCGCCAGGCGCAUCAGGGAAUCAGUCGACGAGGAGGGUCUCGUGCAGAAGCACCAGCUCGAGGACAGCGAGGCGGGGGAGAUCAUCGCCCUUGCGCAGGAGAUCGUCUCUUCCGAAGGGACGACCGCCGACGACACCUCGGGCCUCUCCAAGAAGAUCGCGCCGAGCACCAGCACGAGCGCGUCCGCUCCACGCAAGCGCUCCUCCACAUCCACGACGUCCCUCCGCGAGUACUACGGCGAGGACAACGAGGCCUGGGUCAUGCGACCCCAGGCCUCACCUACCUUAGCCCGCCUCCACGCAGACCUGGCGGCGCUCGUCGACGAAAAGGCCGCCCUGGCAGCACGCCUCCAGGCCGAGCUGUCCGCCCCGUCCCUGACCCUGAAAUGGACACCAGGGCUGGGCCACAUCUGCCACGUCAAGGGCAAAGACGCGCGCAACCUCUCUUCUUCUCCCCCUUCCCCUGGCGCCGACACCGGCAGCGGCAGCGGCACCACUCCUCCUACUCUCCGCACCCUCUCCUCGAGCCGCUCGACCCGCUCCUUCCACCACCCGCAGUGGUCCUCCCUCGGGCAGCGCCUCGACCAGGCCCGCCUGCAGAUCCGCGCCGAGGAGCAGCGCGUCUUCGCGGCGCUGCGCACGGCCGUCGUGCGCAACCUCGUGCGCCUGCGCCGCAACGCCGCCGUCCUCGACGAGCUCGACGUCACCUCGUCCUUCGCCCGCCUCGCCCUCGAGCGCGGCCUCGUGCGGCCCUUGCUCGACGCCGGCACAGCCCACCGCGUCGUCGCGGGCCGCCACCCCACCGUCGAGGGCGGCCUCGCGGAGCUGCACCACGUCGACAGCAGCAGCAGCAGCACUUCUCCAUCAUCCACGGCCCCCAUCCCGAUCCCGACGCGCACCUUCGUCCCAAAUGACUGCCUCGUCGGCGCCCCGGGCCACGGCCGCCUCUGGCUCAUCACGGGGCCCAACAUGGCCGGCAAGUCGACCUUUUUGCGACAAAACGCCCUCGUCACCAUCCUCGCCCAGUGCGGCAGCUACGUGCCUGCCGCCCACGCCGAGCUCGGCCUCGUCGACGCCGUCUUCAGCCGCGUCGGGUCCGCCGACGACCUCUACCGCGACCGCAGCACCUUCAUGGUCGAGAUGCUCGAGACGGCCGAGAUCCUGCGCCGCGCGACCCCGCGCAGCUUCGUCAUCAUGGACGAGAUCGGCCGCGGCACCACGCCCGAGGACGGCGCCGCCGUCGCCUUUGCGGCGCUGCACCACCUCGUCACCGUCAACCGGUGCCGCACCCUGUUUGCGACGCACUUCCAUUCGCUGGCCGACAUGGUCGAGGCGAGCGGCAUGCGCGUGGGUAGCGGCGGCGGUGGCUCGGUUCAUGGCGAGGGCGAGGGCGAGGGCGAGGGCGAGGGCGAGGGCGAGGGCGAGGGCGAGGGCGAUGGACAGGAUGGAGGAGCAGGCACGGUCGAGAUGUACUGCACCGACGUCAAGGAGGAUGGGCAGGGAGGGUUCUACUACGACCACCGUCUACGCAAGGGCAUCAACCGGCAGAGUCACGCGCUGAAGGUCGCGAGGUUGGCAGGACUGCCCGAACCCGCCAUCAAGAUCGCCAAGCAGGUCCUCGAUGGGAAGUUUACAACACAUGUCAACGCAAGGAGUGUAUAA